CCGGUGGAUACGAGCCGAGAUGUUCCUCCUGCAGACAACAACAGCUACUAGUUUCAAAUAAAUCGACGUCAAACCCGCGGCCGGCGAAGAGGAGAAAUCCGCGCUUCAGACACCGGGGUCUGCGGUCUCCGCGCGUCCCGUCGUCGCGUCCCUUUGUUCGGGUCGGUUUUUUAAACCCUCCGUCAUGGACCACGUAGAGAAGCAGCUCCGGGCGGAUGACGAGGCGGAGCACGACGACGAGGAAGUGGACCCCAGAAUCCAGGGCGAGCUGGAGAAACUCAACCAGUCCACCGACGACAUCAACAGGCGCGAGACGGAGCUGGAGGACGCGCGGCAGAGGUUCCGCUCGGUCCUGGUCGAGGCCACGGUGAAGCUGGACGAACUGGUGAAGAAGAUCGGGAAGCCAGUGGAGGAGUCGAAGCCGUACUGGGAGGCCCGUCGGCUGGCCAGACAGGCCCAGCUGGAGGCCCAGAAGGCCACGCAGGACUUCCAGGGCGCCACCGAGGUGCUGCGGGCGGCGAAGGAGACCAUCUCCCUGGCCGAGCAGAGGCUCCUGGAGGAGGACAACCGGCAGUUCGAUUCCGCCUGGCAGGAGAUGCUGAACCACGCCACGCAGCGGGUGAUGGAGGCGGAGCACACCAAGACGAGCAGCGAGCUGGUCCACAAGGAGACGGCGGCCAAAUAUACGACGGCGAUCGGCAGCUUGAAGCAGCUGGAGAAAAAACUCAGACGCACCAUCAACAAGUCGAAGCCCUACUUCGAGAUGAAGGCCAAGUACUACCUGCAGCUGGAGAACCUGAAGAAGAACGUGGACGAGCGGCAGGCCAAGCUGUGUGAGGCCAAAGGAGAGUACAAGGCGGCCCUGAGGAACCUGGAGAAGAUCUCCGACGAGAUCCACGAGCGGAGGCGGAGCUCCACCAUGGGCCCCCGGGGGUGCGGCGUCGGCGCCGAGGGUGACGGAGGCCCCGUGGACGACAUCGCCGACUUCAAGGUGGAGUCGGACAGAAUAUCCAUGGCGUCGGUGUGCUUUGAUGACGAGGCGGGGGGGGGCAGCAGCAUCAUGUCGGAGGAAGACUCGGAGACUCGCUCCACCUGCUGCAGCCUGGGCUCAUCUCCCAGCAGCCCCCAGGAGCUGCUGUCGCCCCGCCCCUUCGCCGGCUCCUCCUCCUCCUCCUCCUGCUCCUCCUCCGCCUCUCCGUCCCCCACCCCGUCCUCCUCCUCCUCCAUGUCCCCCCUGUCCAGGCCCUGCAGUCUGGACCUCCCCGGCACCGUGUCUCUGUCGGACCUGGGCCUCAUGUCGCCGGUGCUCGGGCCGCGCAGCGCCUGCAGCGGGGCGUCGUCCCCGGAGUGCGAGCUGGAGAGAGGUGACCGGGCCGAGGGCGCCGAGGGGGACCUGGACAACGCUCCGCCCCCCAACCAGAACAGCAGCCAGAGCUCCGCCUCCAGCAGCCGGAGCUCCGCCUCCAGCAGCCGGAGCUCCGCCUCCAGCAGCCGGAGGAGCUUCAGCCUGGAGACCCGCUUCAGCUUCCUGAACCUGCGCCGCCCUCGAUUCACCAACGCCAAAAACCCCAAGGACACGGACGGCUGCUCCCAGAAUGCCGAGGGGGCCGUGGUCCUGGUCAAAGGAGUCUGAGGACAGGAGAGCAGUUUGGGGGACGGGUUUCGGCUCAUUGGACCUGAAUCCUCAAAGGACGCUGCACCUUUUGGACUCGCGCCUGAGAAACGGGCGCCGUGAGGUCAGAAAGCAGAAUGUGUGACUUGAAGGAUGCAGAGAAACUCUCCACCUCGUUGUACUCGUUUUCCACCGAAAGAUUCACAGUGCGUCUCGUCUGAAGAGGCAUGUUGGACAUGUUGGACGUGGAUGGAUCACUGUUAA